AAGCACAAGAGGGUCCAGACCGUUCCACACGGUACAGCUCACUGUAAGAUGCCGUGUCCGCGGUCUGGACCGCCGCCCGCUGAACGAUGGGACCUGAUAGUGGAAGGAAGGAUUGACACUUAACAGUCUGAUAGAAACCUUUCGAAGGGAAUUGAAAGGAGAAAAAACACCGGCAUUUUGAGACAAAAAGCGACAAAUAUUCCUCACCCGCAUUCAUAUACCGUCCUCGCUGCUUUCCAAUCCCUCGAAGUGCUCCCCUCCUAGAACAAACAUCCCAAAAAGCGCCGCCAGAAAAUGACCACUAUCGGAUCCCUCCAGCGGCUCUCCGCCCCGUCCCUGUCCAAGCUGAUCCUGGCCGAACAGGCGGCGGCCGGCACGGAGACUGGUGGCAGCCCCACUCUGGCUAUCAUUGACGUGCGGGAUGACGACUACAUAGGCGGCCACAUCAAAGGUUCCCAAAACGUUCCCUCGCGCAAACUCGACGCUAUGCUGCCCACCCUUGUCCGCCAGCUCCAAGACAAGGAGACGGUCGUCUUCCACUGCGCGCUCUCGCAGCAACGCGGACCCAGCGCUGCCUUGCGCUACAUUCGCGAGCGGGAGCGUUUGAUGCCGAAGGAGGUGGAGACUAAGCUCACUUCCGCGGCUGAUAGUGCUGCUGUGGAGGAGGCUGUUGGGGCUGAUGGAGAGGGAAAGGAGAAGAAGGAGGAGGAGGAGGAGGAGAAAAAGAAGCCGGUCAACCAAAAGGUUUUUGUGUUGGAUCGUGGGUUUGUGGGGUGGCAGGAGGCUUUUGGGUUGGAUGAGAGGUUGACGGAGGGUUAUAGCAAGGAGUUGUGGAAGGAUGGGUAUUGGAUGUGAGUGGGAGGGGGUUGCGUCUACUGGAUCAAGCGAGCGAGCUUGGAGUCAGAGGGAUCUGAGAGGAAGGAAAUUAAGUGUUACUCUUUAGCGAAGCGGGAGUUAACUCGUUCAUAGACAUGGACUUGUUAUGUGGGAACUUUACUGAAUAUUUGCCCACCUGAUUUGAGACCAUGGAUGAGCUCCUUGCUGACAUGCCACGAUGACUCUUGAUUCUGUCUGGACAACAACAUCAGUAGCACAAUUCACUGUGGUACAUUGGUUAACAAACAUCUCUCUGACUACCGUUAACGGAGAUGGAAGGCUGAGAAAUCCGGCACUGACAUAGUGAAAGUGAAGUGAACAUCACCAGUGGGCG